ACAGCACAAUACAGAGACUACAGGAGGGUACAGGAGGUACAGAAGGAAGAGAUAAUCUGAGGUCAGUUCAGAUUUCAACACUGACUGAUCGUGUAUGAGUGUUUAAAGAGCCGCACAGAACUGACAUCACUCUUCUACACACCGGUGCAUUUCAGCUCUGAACUACUGGGCUGUAAAAGAGAAGAAAAACACCUCGGUAUUUUAACAUUUUUACAUUUCGUGAACCAGAUGGAAAGCAAAUACAACCUCAAGAGCCCAGCCGUGAAGCGGUUAAUGAAGGAAGCAGCCGAGCUUCGAGAUCCAACUGAGCACUAUCAUGCCCAGCCUCUCGAGGAUAACCUCUUUGAGUGGCACUUUUCUGUACGAGGACCUCCAGAUUCAGACUUUGAUGGUGGGAUUUACCAUGGUCGCAUUGUUCUUCCUCCUGAGUACCCCAUGAAGCCCCCAAGCAUCAUCCUUCUCACCCCAAACGGGAGGUUUGAGGUCGGAAAAAAGAUCUGCCUGAGCAUAUCUGGGCAUCACCCUGAGACCUGGCAACCUUCCUGGAGCAUUCGGACCGCAUUAAUAGCAAUUAUAGGGUUCAUGCCGACUAAAGGAGAAGGAGCAAUAGGAUCAUUGGACUACACCCCAGAGGAGAGAAAGACCCUUGCCAAAAAGUCUCAAGACUUCUGCUGUGAGAUGUGUGGUUGCUCCAUGCAUACGGCCUUGCUGCCGCUGUUACCCAACAGCGAACGCCAACCUGCCGACCCUCAAGCUCAGCAACUAGCAAUGCAGAUUAGCUUUAAAGCUGAGUCCAGCACCUCAUCCUCAUCCAGUCGGAGUAAAGUGGAUACAAGUGACAGCAAAACUACACAACAAGAGGCGAGCUCCAGCUCAGAGAGGCAGGACAGUGAGAGCACAGCUCAAGCUGAACAGGCUGAGCCAGCCUCUGAUUCUACUUCAGUCCCCGCGGCUCCCAGCACUCGAUCUCUGAGCCCCCGACAGCGCCGAGCUCAGAACAGAAACCUGAAUCAGCCUCAGCACCGGCCUACAUUCCCAGCGUUCGCUGCACCUGCUGCCCAGCAGGAAGAAGGCCACACCGGCUCAGCUGUGCUCAUCGUACUGCUCACGCUGGCUCUCGCCGCCCUCGUCUUCCGCAGGAUUUACCUGGCCCAAGAUUACAAGUUUGAUUACGAGCUCUGACCAUUAGGACUCAUUUUAAUAUUAAACUUCCACCAGAACCAAGCUGCCAUCGUUACCAUCAUCUAGUUGCCAUGAAUUCUACGGUGAUACCUGACGGUGUCCACCUGAGGAAGAAAGCAGCACAUUCCAAAUCAUCACGUCUCUGCUUAUUUUAGGAAGAAAAUGACUCGCUUGUUGGAAAAACAACCAGCAUUGUCAUAUAGAUAAAGCUUUAUUUUUAAUGAGUGCACUAUCUGUCCAGGAAAUACUGAUAUUUUGGAUGGAAUAGCUGGGGGGGAAAUAAACAUCAGCUGCUACAUUUACUGGACAGAUAGUGACACCACAAUAGAAGAAAAAUGCGAAUUUAAUACAGGCAUGGGUAAUUUAGCUACAAUUGUAAUAUCUGUCCAGGAAAUACCGUUUACUUAAAAUGAGAUGUGGUGACCCCAAUUUCACUUAAGUACAUUGCAUAAGUGGAAAUAUUUUGAAAUUAAUAGAUCAUUUAAAAUACACAGGUUUAACAUUUGUGAUGGCAUGUCGUAAUAAUGGCAUGUUUUAGCAGCUUAGUAUUCAUCAUACAAAAAUUGCUAUUGGUUUUCCUAUUGUCUUUUCUGUUGACUUUGAAGUCAUUCUUUGUUUUCUAAUUGUUUCCAUUGUUUCCUACGACGGCGUAUUAGGGCCACUUAAAAAAUUUUUUUUUCCCGAUUUCGAGAAUAAAGUUGAAAUUAUUUUGAGAAUAAAGUUGUAUAAGUUUUGAUUUCGAGAUUAAAGUCGAAAUGAUUACAGAUUAACGUCGAAAUAUUAUGGCCAUAGCAACCUAUGGCCAUGUGUUAAAAUGAGGGAUGUUUAUGAUUUGUUAUACUUUCAUAUCGGUUUCACAAAUAAAGAAAUCCCCAAUCUCCUCCAUCAGCACCAGUUUGUUAUUAGUAUAACGACAAUGAAAUGGCUUUGCAAUAACUGUGUUUAUUUAGAAGAACAUGUGUUGACAGUGCGCUCGGCAUCUGCGUCGUCAGCAGUACUUCAACCGAGGCCCCAGCGCCUUAUGGACUCGUACGAUAAACUAAAGCCGUAUGGCAUCGCUAUCAAUGAUUGCAUUGACAGGUUUUGUUGUCAUGUCAUGUGGAUGGAAGUGUACAAUACAAACAGCCACCCAAAAAUAAUCGCUGGUUAUUGGAUAACCAUAGUAACACUCAUUAUAAGCGACCCUCGGCGCUUGCAUGCCGAUCCAGGUACUGAGACCCGUGCUUCUCUAAACAUAUAUUUCGACAUUAUUCUCAUAAUCAUUUCGACUUUAAUCUCGAAAUAAUUUCAACUUUAAUCUCAUCAUAUUUUGACUUUCUUCUCGAAAUCAAAACGUAAAAAUAUUUUUACAGUGGCCCUACUACGCUGUUGUAGUUUCCUUUGUU